UGCUAUCACAAGCGUCAGUAUUGAUUACUGCAAAAAUCAAAAAUGGUUGCGGCAAAGAAACAAAAAAAGACCAUUGAGUCAAUCAACUCAAGAUUGGCUUUGGUGAUGAAAUCGGGCAAAUACUGCCUAGGAUAUAAGCAGACUUUGAAAACCCUGCGACAGGGGAAAGCCAAGCUGGUCAUCAUUGCUAAGAAUGCUCCCCCACUAAGGAAAUCUGAAGUUGAGUACUAUGCUCUUUUGGCAAAGACUGGAGUCCACCACUACAGCGGUAACAACAUUGAGUUGGGAACAGCUUGUGGUAAAUACUACAGGGUAUGCACUCUGGCCAUCACAGACCCUGGUGACUCGGACAUCAUUACCACAUUGCCUGAAGCUACUGCUUAAUUAUAAGUAAAACUUUAAAAACAAA